AUGGCAAAAAAGGCCGCAAUAGAAGCAGUUGACAGAACUUUUAGAGAUAUAAUGGAUAAUCUAGAACCAUUAGGUGGAAAAGUGGUUGUGUUUGGAGGAGAUUUUCGACAAGUGUUACCUAUUGUCCCACAAGCUACAAGACAACAAACUACUAAUGAAAGUUUGAUUGGAAACGGAACUGAAAUGUCAACAGAAGAUGAUUAUAUUUGUCUCCCUUCCAAUAUCACUGUUACAGGUGCAAAUGAAGAAGAUUCAAUAUUGAAGUUAUUGAAUAUUGUUUAUGCUGAUCUGAAAACGCAUGCUACUUCAGCAAAUUACAUGACUAGUAGAGCAAUUCUAUCGACAACAAAUGAGUAUGUUGACCAAAUCAGUGAAAGAAUGAUUGAGCUGUUUCCUUCUUCCAUGAGUUAUGAUGAAGCAAUUGAUGAUACACAUAAUUAUUAUCAAGAGAAAUUUCUCAACUCAUUGUUGCCUAAUGGUGUUCCUCCACACAAAUUGUUUCUUAAAAAAGAUUGCCCAGUUAUACUAUUGAGAAACUUAGACCCAGGUAAUGGUCUAUGUAAUGGAACUAGAAUGGUUUGUCGUAAGUUUCGCAAAAAUAUAAUUUAUGCAGAAAUUGCAACUGGACAAAAUGCAGGAAAAAAAGUUGUUCAACCACGAAUACCAAUGAGUCUUGCAAACGACAAAGGGUAUCCAUUCAAGUUCAAGAGAAAAAAUUUUCCAAUAAGAUUAUGUUUUGCAAUGACUAUCAAGAAGGCUCAAUGA